GUCCUUCGCUCUGAUUGGCUGUCGAAAGCGAAAACAACAAUGGUCGAAUAUGAAGGCGCGUGUUUCACUUGUAACCCUGCGAGACCAUGCGGGAAUUGGAUUGUCUCAUCGUGCUGUCGAUGGCUCUGUAAAAUUUAGGUGUUUUGCACGAAUAUUAAUCUUACGAUCUGUUCAGUUCAUCAGUAAAAGACUUCACAGACUGCCAGAAUGUUGUACUUGGAAGAUUACCUGGAGAUGAUCGAACAUCUUCCACAAGAACUUCGUGACCGAUUUACAGAGAUGAGAGAAAUGGAUCUACAAGUUCAAAAUGCUAUGGACAGCCUGGACGAACGUGUCAAACAGUUCUUUGCCAACGUCAAGAAAAUGAAACCCGAACAGAGGGAGCAAGAUUUUGACAAGAUAAGACAGGACUACUACAAGGCGCUAGAAGAUGCGGACGAAAAAGUACAAAUAGCCAACCAGAUCUACGAUCUGGUGGACAGAUACUUAAGGCGGUUAGACCAAGAACUGCAGAAAUUCAAAAUGGAACUGGAAGCGGACAAUGCGGGCAUUACGGAAAUUUUAGAAAGGCUUGCAGGAUUGCACCGUUCACUCGUUGCAGGCUCCUUGGAGCUCGACAAGCCGCCACCUGCCACCAACAACGUCAAGUCUGAGAAACGGAAGUACACGUCAUCAGGUUUGAGCAGUUCAUCGCUACCUCCAGAAAAGAGGCAAGCAACGGACAGACCAAUCCUAGAAGGUUCCUUGGGUGGCACGGGGGGAAUAUCAGGGGCCAGGGGUGCACUGGCAGCGUCACUGGGGGCAUCUCAAGCCAGUCCAGCUGUCGCGGUGCAGCCGCUGGCAGCUGCAGUGUCACCCGCUCCCGUUUCCCAGGUGGCAUCAGAGAGGCUUCUGGUUCCUUCUCCCGCUCUUGGCUACAGCUUGGGAUCAGGCAGCAACGCAAUAGCUGCAGCGGCAUCGCAGGCGAUUGCUGCUACACAACAGAUGCAACAGGGGCGUCGCACAGCCAGUCUCAAAGCGAGCUACGAGGCCAUCAAUGCAUCCCUUCAGAGUCUCACAUCGAGAGAGUUCACAAUGGGUUCGAAGGAUAUUGGAUCUCUCACUUCACUAACACCACCACCACCAACCUUAGCACAAACACCUCCAGCACACUCACCUGCACCGGAGACAAAGAGGUCAUCAAAAAAACAAAGUUCCCGAACGAGCCACCAGGCAGCGGUGGUGGCAAUGGAACAGCCUGUAGUAGCAGACGAUUCUGGCGAUUCCUCAUUACUGGACGAAGGUGGUGCCAGCGGGCUGGAUUGGAACUGUGAUCCCAACGAGCCGAGAUACUGUAUCUGUAAUCAGGUCUCCUAUGGAGACAUGGUUGCCUGCGACAAUGACGAUUGCCCGUUUGAAUGGUUCCACUACCCAUGUGUUGGAAUCUCUCAACCCCCCAAAGGAAAGUGGUUCUGUCCCCAAUGUACCUCUUCUAUGAAGAGAAGGGGACGUAAAGAGAGGUGAACGCAACGUUGCUGUGAUAAAAAGAUGCUCAUCUUGUGAAACUGUGGUUUACCUUAAUGAAAUGAUCUGCAAUAAAAGUCACACCCUUUG